GCACAAUGGAGCACGCGCAUGACGAGCUCAGCCUCGAGCUCACCCUGGCCGCCGCGGUCGUGGCGCCGGCGCCCGGCUUCUUCCUAUGCGUGUACUGCCACCGCAAGUUCCGCACCUCGCAGGCUCUCGGCGGCCACCAGAACACGCACAAGGAAGAGCGAGCCAACAAGCGCCGCCGGGAGACUGCCGCCGCCACGGAGCAUGCUUGGAAACCGGAGAGGGCUGCCGCCGCUGUUUGGGUGUCCGAGGAGCCAGCAGCAGCAGGUGGCAUGGCGCACAAGCGCAGCACGAGCUCGUCGGAGCGCGACCACGAGCUGGACUUGUCCCUCCGGCUAUAA